AUGAAGCAGGAGGAGCUGGCUGACUGUCUGCAGAGCAGUAAGAUGAUUUUAACAGAUAAACUUAAAUCCAACCUCCAGAAGAAGUUCCAGUGUGUGUUUGAGGGGAUUGCUAAAGCAGGAAACCCGACCCUUCUGAAUCAGAUCUACACAGAGCUCUACAUCACAGAGGGGGGGACUGCAGAGGUCAAUGAUGAACAUGAGGUCAGACAUAUUGAAACAGCAUCCAGGAAACCAGACAGACCAGAAACAACAAUGAGACAAGAAGACAUCUUUAAUGCCUCACCUGGAAGAGAUGAACCAAUCAGAACAGUGCUGACAAAGGGAGUUGCUGGCAUUGGGAAAACAGUCUUAACACAGAAGUUCACUCUGGACUGGGCUGAAGACAAAGCCAACCAGGACAUCCACUUCACAUUUCCAUUCACUUUCAGAGAGCUGAAUGCACUGAAAGAUAAAAAGUUCAGCUUGGUGGGACUUGUUCAUCACUUCUUUACUGAAACCAAAGAAGCAGGAAUCUGCAGGUUUGAAGAGUUUCACGUUGUGUUGAUCUUUGAUGGUCUGGAUGAGUGUCGACUUCCUCUGGACUUCCACAACACUGAGAUCCUGACUGAUGUCACAGAGUCCACCUCAGUGGAUGUCCUGCUGACAAACCUCAUCAGGGGGAAACUGCUUCCCUCUGCUCGCCUCUGGAUAACCACACGACCUGCAGCAGCCAAUCAGAUCCCUGCUGACUGUGUUGACAUGGUGACUGAGGUCAGAGGGUUCACUGACCCACAGAAGGAGGACUACUUCAGGAAGAGAUUCACAGAUGAGGAGCAGGCCGGCACAAUCAUCUCUCAUAUCAAGACAUCACGAAGCCUCCACAUCAUGUGCCACAUCCCGGUCUUCUGCUGGAUCUCUGCUACAGUUCUGGAGAAGCUGAUGAAAACCAGAGAGGGAGGAGAGCUGCCCAAGACCCUGACUGAGAUGUACAUCCACUUCCUGGUGGUUCACUUGAAAGUGAAGAAUGUCAAAUAUCAUGGAAAAUCUGAGACAGAUCCACAGUGGAGUCCAGAAAGCAGGGAGAUGAUUGAGUCUCUGGGAAAACUGGCUUUUGAUCAGCUGGAGAAAGGAAACCUGAUUUUCUAUGACUCAGACCUGACAGGGUGUGGUAUUGAUAUCAGAGCAGCCUCAGUGUACUCAGGAGUGUUCACACAGGUCUUUAGAGAGGAGAGAGGACUGUACCAGGACACGGUGUUCUGCUUCGCCCAUCUGAGUGUUCAAGAGUUUCUGGCUGCUCUUCAUGUCCAUCUGACCUUCAUCAACUCUGGAGUUAAUCUGAUGGCAGGAGAACAAUCAACCUCCUGGUGGUCUGAAGUGUUAGCGGGAACGUCAACACGUUUCUACCAGAGUGCUGUGGACAAGGCCUUACAGAGUCCAAAUGGACAUCUGGACUUGUUCCUCCGCUUCCUCCUGGGUCUUUCUCGGCAGACCAAUCAAAGACUCCUCCGAGGUCUGCUGACACGGAAAGGAAGUAGCUCACAGACCAAUCAAAAAACAGUCCAGUACAUCAAGAAGAAGAUCACAAAGAAUCUGUCUGCAGAGAGAAGCAUCAACCUGUUCCACUGUCUAAAUGAACUGAAUGACCGUUCUCUAGUGGAGGAGAUCCAACAAUCCCUGAGGUCAGGAAGUCUUUCCACAGAUAAACUGUCUCCUGCUCAGUGGUCAGCUCUGGUCUUCAUCUUACUGGCAUCACAAACAGAUCUGGACGUGUUUGACCUGAAGAAAUACUCUGCUUCAGAGGAGGCUCUUUUGAGGCUGCUGCCAGUGGUCAAAGCCUCCAACAAAGCUCUACUCAGUGGCUGUAACCUCUCUGAGAGAAGCUGUGAAGCUCUGUCCUCAAUCUUCAGCUCUCAGUCCUCUAGUCUGAGAGACCUGGACCUGAGUAACAACAACCUUCAGGAUUCCGGAGUGAGGCUUCUGUCUGCUGGACUGAAGAGUCCCCUAUGUGAACUGAAAACUCUCAGGUUAACUGGCUGUAACCUCUCAGAGAGAAGCUGUGAAGCUCUGUCCUCAGUCCUCAGCUCCCAGUCCUCUAGUCUGAGAGACCUGGACCUGAGUAACAACGACCUGCAGGAUUCAGGAGUGAAGCUUCUGUCUGAUGGACUGAAGAGUCCACUAUGUGAACUGAAAACCCUCAGGCUGUCAGGUUGUCUGAUCUCAGAGGAAGGCUGUUCUUCACUGGCCUCAGCUCUAAGCUCCAACCGCUCCAAUCUGAGGGACCUGGACCUGAGCUACAAUCAUCCAGGACACUCUGGAGUGAAGCUGCUUGAGAAUCCACGCUGCAGACUAGACACUCUCAGGGUGGACCAUGGUGGAGAGAAGUGGUUAACACCUGGUCUGAGGAAGUAUUUCGGUGAACUCACACUGGACACAAACACAAUGUACAGAUUCCUCAAACUGUCUGAAAACAACAGGAAGGUGACAUAUGUUCGAGAAGAACAGUCAUAUCCUGAUCAUCCAGAGAGAUUUGACUCCUGGCCUCAGCUGCUGUGUAGAGAUGGUCUGACUGGGCGCUGUUACUGGGAGGUCGAGUGGAUAGGAUGGGUUACUGUAGCAGUGAGUUACAGAGGAAUCAGAAGGAGAGGAAGCAGUAAAGACUGUUGGUUUGGAAGUAAUGAUCAGUCCUGGAGUCUAGAGUGCUCUUAUGAUGGUUACUAUGUCUGGUACAAUAACAGGGUAACAUCCUCUUCCUCCUCUUCCUCCUCAUCCUCCUCCUCUGGUAGAGUAGCAGUGUAUGUGGACUGUCCUGCUGGCACUCUGUCCUUCUACAGAGUCUCCUCCGACACACUGAUCCACCUCCACACCUUCAACACCACAUUCACCGAACCUCUUUAUCCUGGCUUUGGGGUCUGGUCCUUUGACUCCUCACUGUCUCUGUGUGAGCUGUAG